GAUGUAAAGGUACAUACAGGUGCGAGUUACACACGUGGCCAGUCUACCUAAAUAGGACGUCCUGGUAUUCCUCAGGUAGGACCGUAGGACAGUUUACCUUCAUAGAACAGUGUCUCCAUAUUGAAAGGACAUCCUAUUAUUUUCCUGUUAGGACCAUGCAACAGUUUUCCUGAAUUGGACAGUGCCAUCUUGCUGAAAACGGACGUCCUAAUAUUUUCCAGGAAGGAAAAGUACCGCAGUAUAUCUGGAAAGGACAGUGUUUUCGUAUUGAAUUAGGACGCCCUAAUUUCCCAGGUAACGCAGUACAGGUGUAUAACGACAAUGUUAAUUUAAUACAAAGGUACCCCAUUAACAUUCUGAUAUCACCCACGUGGGAUGUUAUCACUCCAGAGUUACCCCAGCCGUACAGGACGGCGCCAGUUCUCCAAGAAAAGACAAUAGUCGUGGUGACCACUUCAACUCGUGUUAAACUGUUGAUACCAGAGUACGAAAACAAUGCGACAAAAUCCUGACAUAGAUUUCGAAUCACUAUGACAUUAAAUACUAUAUGGAAUUAGCUACUGAUGUAUCAACGCGCUAAAGUUCAAGAUGGGAGUUUUAUUGGUGGCCAAAUAAACACGUGAUCGCUGUCCGUCACGGUGUUGAUGUUUCGCGUGAAGGCAAUGUGACAAAUCACUAUGACAACGUACAUGUUAGAACACCACAAUAUGGCGACUAUUUUAUCCCAGAGCUGCAUACAGGAAGUGUUGACAGCACAAAUCAUCUAAAUCAUGGAAUUUAUCAAACGGGACAGAGAAACAUCGAAAAGCAAGAAGUCUGACAAAAGGGUCAAAUUAAAUAUCGGCGGGGAGAUAUUUGAGUCCUGGGUAUCAACUCUAGAACGGAUCCCAGGGACUCGUUUGGCCCUUUUAGCUCAUCUUCAGGAGGCAGAUGAAUCAUGGGAUAAAGAAAGAGAGGAAUUCUUCUUUGACCGACAUGCUGGGGCCUUCAUAUCUAUACUACAUUAUUACCGUACGGAGGAGCUCCAUGUCGACCAGAACAUUUGUGGGAACAUCGUCCGAGGGGAACUGGAGUUUUGGGGUCUCACAGAACUGGACAUAGAACCAUGUUGUUGGGGACAUUAUAGUAAAUUUAAGGACCAUAAGGAAACCCUGGCAGCACUGGACGACAAUUUUACGACGGAGAUGGACAUUGACGCGUGGGGAGAUAAGCCAUCCAACCUCAAUCGCUUCAAACGACAGAUGUGGCAAUUCAUGGAAGAGCCGGGAUCUACACGUGGGGCAAAGAUUUUCGCUUUCAUCUCGAUGUCGUUUGUCGUUUUGUCCAUUGGUAUCUUCACCAUGGAGACGUACACCUGGUUCCGGGUUCCUGUGACGGGAGCGGUCAAGAAAAACUCCUCCGCCAUGGCCUUGUCUUUGAACCCGGUUGGGGACUAUUGUGUGAAGACUGGGGGUGGGGAAGGGGUCUACUCCUUCGCUGACACAAAACCUCAUCUUGUUAUGCAAGUUUUGGACUACAUUUGCGCGGCUUAUUUCACAGCAGAAUAUGUAUUCCGUUUUUUCUUUGCUCCAAGAAAAUUUGAAUUCCUGCGGCAGCCAUUAAAUGUGAUUGAUAUACUGUGUUUGAUCCCUCAUCUAAUCGCUAUUAUUCUCGUCACCAUUGAUCCCAACGAUAGCACCAGCCAGCUUUUCAAAUCGAUGUUAGCCUUGAGGACGGUUAGGAUUCUGAGAAUAUUCAAAUUGAUGAAACAUUAUAGUGCUUUUAAUAUUCUUGUAUACACUAUCAAAGUCAGCACAAAGGAAUUGUUGUUAAUGGUGAUUUUUCUUUUCACCGGGGUAUUGAUUUUCGCGAGUGUGAUUUUCUAUGUUGAAAGUGAUACGUUUGAAAACAUCCCCAUAGGAUUCUGGUGGGCGCUGGUUACCAUGACAACCGUUGGUUACGGAGACAAGGUACCCAAAACUGUGGGAGGGUAUAUCAUUGGUUGUGGAUGUGUACUAUGUGGGGUACUCACAGUUGCUUUCACGGUUCCGAUUGUGGUGAACAAUUUUACUUUAUAUUAUUCACACGCACAGUCACGGAUAAAGUUACCAGCGCAUAAGAGAAAAGAAUUAAAAAGGAAAAUAUUCAUCAAAAACCAAAAGUCUUCAAACUUUUUGGAUAAACUUCGAAAAAAGAAGAAACACAAAGAUGAUGAAUUCUCUGAACUUGACGCUGUCAGUAUAAAGCGAUCACCACCGUGUGGUCAGGAGGCGGGAAAUCUCAAUUGUACAAACAUUGAUUUGAGUGCAUCGCGGCAGACGUCACAGUUAGUCCAUGAAAACAAUAUAGAUAGCUCGAGACAGGAGAGGAUACAUACGAUAUCAGAAAAACUAGACGAUGGCAGUGCGACGUCACUUACACCAGUAGAAAUAGAGGUUAUCGAAAGUGAGCAACACAAGAUCGAGACAACACAACUGCUUAACGGCCUUAAAGAGACAAACCAGCGCGUGCGGGACGAGCGGCGACGACAGCUCGAGAUACUAAGGAACAAACGCGAGCAGAAGAUGCAAGAAAAGGAAGGCGGGAAAACAUCACGCGCAGCUCCACCCCCAGCAGCGAGUAGCAGAGGACAGGCGAACAAGAAGAAAUAAGGAAUGUCUCUCUAUAAUGAAGCAUUCAAAGGGAAAUUACGUAGAAGAGAAUAGUUAAUACGAAACAAUGAUAGUAAAAAUUCUAAAGGAAAGGAAGCAUAUAUUAUUCUGAAGACUAUCAAUAUUGACUUGUUUCUUUGACAAAGACGUUUGGACAAAAUAUGAAGACACACAAUCGAAUGCAUGUUGUCAAAUGAAAAUGGCAGUUCAUAUGUCGGCUUUGAUUGGUGUGUGUCUAGAUUGACGUGUGUCUUAAUUGACAUGUCUCGGCGGAGGUGUGUCUUGAUUGUCUAUAUUGACUUGUAACUAGACAAAAGUAUGUCUAGAUUGGCGUGUGUCUAGCUGGACGUGUGUCUAGAUUGACAUGUUCCUAGAUUGACAUGUGUCUAGAUUGACGUGUUUCUAGAUUGCCGUGUUUCUAGAUUGACGUUUGUCUAGAUUGACAUGUGUCUAGAUUGACGUGUCUCUAUAUUGACAUGUUUCUAGAUUGACAUGUUUCUAGAUUGACAUGUGUCUAGAUUGACGUGUCUCUAUAUUGACAUGUUUCUAGAGUGACGUGUGUCUAUAUUGACAUGUGUCUAGAUUGACGUGUUUCUAGAUUGACGUGUGUCUAGAUUGACGUGUUUCUAGAUUGCCGUGUGUCUAGAUUGGCGUGUCUAGAUUGACGUGUUUCUAGAUUGACGUGUUUCUAGAUUGACAUGUUCCUAGAUUGACGUGUGUCUAGAUUGACGUGUGUCUUGAUUGACAUGUGUCUAGAUUGACGUGUGUCUAGAUUGACGUGUGUCUAGAUUGACGUGUUUCUAGAUUGACGUGUGUCUAGAUUGACGUUUGACGUGUGUCUAGAUUGACGUUAUCUAGAUUGACGUGUUUCUAGAUUGACGUGUGUCUAGAUUGACGUUAUCUAGAUUGACGUUAUCUAGAUUGACGUGUUUCUAGAUUGACGUGUGUCUAGAUUGACGUUAUCUAGAUUGACGUGUUUCUAGAUUGACGUGUGUCUAGAUUGACGUGUUUCUAGAUUGACGUGUGUCUAGAUUGACGUGUUUAUAGAUUGACAUAUGUCUAGAUUGACAUGUGUCUAGAUUGACGUGUGUCUAGAUUGACGUGUGUCUAGAUUGACGUGUUUCUAGAUUGACGUGUGUCUAGAUUGACAUGUUUCUAGAUUGACGUGUGUCUAGAUUGACGUGUGUCUAGAUUGACAUGUGUCUAGAUUGACAUGUGUCUAGAUUAACGUUAGUCUAGAUUGAAGUGUACAUAUACCUCGAAUGACGUGUGUCUAGAUUGACAUGUGUCUAGAUUGACGUGUUUCUACAUUGACGUGUUUCUAGAUUGACGUGUUUCUAGAUUGACAUGUUCCUAGAUUGACGUGUGUCUAGAUUGACGUGUGUCUUGAUUGACAUGUGUCUAGAUUGACGUGUUUCUAGAUUGACGUGUGUCUAGAUUGACGUGUAUCUAGAUUGACGUGUUUCUAGAUUGACGUGUCUAGAUUGACGUGUGUCUAGAUUGACGUGUUUCUAGAUUGACAUGUUUCUAGAUUGACGUGUGUCUAGAUUGACAUGUGUCUAGAUUGACAUGUGUCUAGAUUAACGUUAGUCUAGAUUGAAGUGUACAUAUUCCUCGAAUGACGUGUGUCUAGAUUGACAGGUGUCUAGAUUGACGUGUUUCUACAUUGACGUGUUUCUAGAUUGACGUGUUUCUAGAUUGACAUGUUCCUGGAUUGA